AUGGACUUCACAAUUUGGCUUUAUAUAUUGAAGAAAUUAGUCAACAGCAUAACAGUAAGAAAACAACAACUACAGAGUGGCAAAUUAGAUGUUGUAAAGAUAAAGGUUUGGAGACCUGUUGAAUGGAUAUUUUGCUUGAACUGGAAAUAUGGACGUGAAUUGGAAACAGCGGGCUUAGCUCUUAAAUCUGUAGAGGAGGAAAAGUUAGACUCAGUUGCUUUUGCUAUUACAAAAAAAGAUGGAGUAGCAGGACAGUUAAAAAAAAUCAUUGAAUCUGUUUUUGCUGCCACCAAACAGAUAAGGAAAGCUUCCCCUUUAAGAAAAGUGAUCAUUGUCGUUGACCAGCCAUUACGUUCAGCUGCUUGCAAGAUUGUAGAAGAUCAUCGUUAUGAAAUGCAUAACAUUGAAAAGAAAAGAUACCGUAUGUCUUUUACAUGUAAUUCACAAAACAGCCUACAAAAUGCGAAAGCAGAAGUUAUUUCAGCUUUGGAUAGUCUAGUUUAG